UCCUCGCCUUUAGAUUCAAGUCGGCAUGUAAACAGUGAUGCACACCAUCAACAUGUCCAUUGCAGAAAGGUCCUUUGUAGCCAGUCAUUUAAAAUAAUUUAAAAAACGAAAGCCAGGCGUGGUGAUAUUUAGAGCAACAGCAGCCAUGAGACUGUACCAGGCUCUCCGUAAUGUCGGGAGCUUCAGGACCUCUUUCGACUUUGGUGCACGGGAAGUAGCUCACUGGUUCCCGGGACACAUGGCUAAAGGACUGAAGCAGAUGAGAGCCAACCUCAAGAGUGUGGACUGCAUCAUAGAAAUACAUGAUGCCAGAAUCCCCUUCUCUGGGAGAAACCCAGCGUUUCAGGAGACUCUAGAUGUCAAACCCCACGUGCUAAUUCUCAACAAGAUGGACCUUGCCGAUGUGUCCAAGGAGCAGAUAAUCCUGAAGAAGCUUAAAAGAAACGGGGUGAAAAAUGUUCUCUUCACAGACUGUUUAAAGCAGCGAGACGACAACGUCAAAAAGUUGGUGCCAAUGGUGGUUGACAUUAUUGAGAACAAUCCACGUUUUAACAGAGAUGAGAAUACAAAUUAUUGUCUGAUGGCUAUUGGAGUCCCCAACGUGGGGAAGUCAUCUCUUAUUAACUCACUGAGAAGAACAUACAUGAAAAAAGGUCGUGCAUCUCGAGUAGGUGGGGAGCCAGGUAUAACUAGAGCAGUCCUGACUAGAAUUCAGGUGUGUUCGCGACCCGUAAUGCACCUGAUGGACACACCAGGAGUCCUGCCUCCUAAGAUUGAGAGUGUUGAAACCGGCAUGAAGCUGGCUUUAUGUGGAACUAUUCUGGACCAUUUAGUGGGUGAAGAGAUCAUUGCUGACUACUUACUCUAUUCUCUAAACAGGCUCGGGGAGUUCAGUUAUGUGGAGAAAUACGGUCUCCAGGAGCCAAGCGAUGACAUCCAGUAUGUCCUCAAACGCAUUGCUGUGAAACUCGGAAAGACGCAACGGGUCAAAGCCAUUACUGGAGUUGGGGAUAUCACCAUCACGGUCCCAAACUGCUCAGCAGCAGCUUACGAUUUAAUCAGAGCCUUCAGGAAAGGAGAGCUGGGACAGGUAAUGCUCGACUGACCUGAGACAUUGGAAUGAAGACAGAGACUGUUUCUGGUUUCAUAAGUUUUCCCUCAGUCUGGAAGGAUUUAUAUUUAACUGAAAAGUGUCGUCAAGGUUCGUCUCUGACCUCAUUCCUUUGACCUUUUGGGGACAUGAUGCAGUCUGUUCUGUUUAUAGAUGAUGUAUUAAAGCACUGUGUCCUUUGCAAAUAAAAUAAUUCAUCUUAA